AUGUCAAGCCGCGACGACAAAGAGAAAGGCGUCAAUGUUCAAGUCCUCCUUCGUUGCAGGCCAUUUAGCGAUGAUGAAUUGAGGAACAACGCUCCUCAGGUUCUUACUUGUAAUGAUUUGCAAAGAAACGUUGCUGUUUCCCAAAACAUCCCUGCCAAGCACAUUGAUAGGGUCUUCACUUUUGGUUUCGAUAAGGUGUUUGGACCGUCGGCUCAACAGAAAGAUUUGUAUGAGCAGGCCAUUGUUCCAAUUGUGAAUGAAGUACUUGAAGGCUUUAACUGUACAAUCUUUGCGUAUGGCCAGACUGGUACUGGGAAAACAUAUACAAUGGAAGGAGAAUGUAGAAGGUCAAAGAGCGGGCCAACUGGAGGUCUUCCGCCAGAAGCAGGUGUUAUACCUAGAGCUGUAAAGCAAAUCUUUGAUACGCUUGAGGGUCAGCAAGCUGAGUACAGUGUAAAAGUCACGUUUUUGGAACUCUACAAUGAAGAGAUUACCGAUUUGCUUGCUCCUGAGGAUCUCACCAGAGUUGCUGCUGAAGAUAAACAAAAGAAACCAUUGCCUCUAAUAGAGGAUGGCAAGGGUGGUGUUCUUGUGAGAGGAUUGGAAGAAGAAAUCGUGACAAGUGCCAAUGAAACCUUCACGUUGCUUGAGAGAGGUUCCUCUAAACGGCGAACUGCUGAAACAUUCUUGAAUAAAAAAUCAAGUCUGUCACAUUCUCUCUNCUCUAUAACAAUACAUAUCAAAGAAUCUACUCCUGAAGGUGAAGAACUAAUCAAAUGUGGCAAGCUGAACUUAGUUGACUUGGCAGGAUCAGAGAAUAUAUCACGUUCUGGUGCUUGGGAUAGCCGUGCUCGAGAAGCUGGUGAAAUAAACAAAAGUCUUCUUACCUUAGGGCGAGUGAUCAGUGCUUUGGUUGAACAUCUUGGACACAUUCCUUACAGGGAUAGUAAGCUUACCCACUUACUACGUGAUUCGCUUGGUGGGAGAACGAAGACAUGUAUCAUAGCAACAGUUUCACCUGCUGUUCAUUGUCUCGAAGAAACCUUAAGUACUCUAGAUUGUGCACACAGGGCGAAGCAUAUCAGGAACAACCCAGAGGUCAACCAACAAAUAAUGAAAUCUGGUGAAAUAGAAAGACUUCAGGCGGCUGGUUUUGGCGUUUGGGAGAGGCACACCAAAGCCAUAGGCUCGAAGCUUUUGGCUCAAAUGGGGUUUCGCCUAGGAUCUGGCCUUGGUGCCAAUGCUCAAGGCAUCCAAAACCCUAUCUUACCUAAGAUCUUACCUCGACCAAAACUGACGACUGAAGUGAAUAUGACAAGGACAAUAAUGUUUGUUCGUGCUUCGGGUGGUAAGAAUUCUCCGAAACUAGAAGCGCCAUCUACUCCAAUUGUCAAAGUCUUUGGGGUAGGUGAUGGAGGCUCAACAGCAGUGAAAGAUAUGAUGCAGUAUGGGGUGAUGGGAGUUGAAUUUUACGUUGUCGAUACUCAUUCUGAGAAGCUAAAAGCCUUUCCGCUUCCCUCAAGUAAUAAAUUGCAAAUCGGUAACAACGUAACAAGAGGUUUGGGGGCGAAAGGAGAUCUGAGGAUCGGUAGGUUAGCUGCCAUAGAGAGCAAAAAGGCCAUUGAACAUGCUCUUUGUGGUGCAGAUAUAGUCUUCAUUGCAGCUGGCCUCGGUGGGGGAACAGGCUCGGGGGCAGCCCCUGUCAUUGCCCGAUAUGCGAAGCAAAUGGGGAUUUUCUCUGUUGGGGCUCUGACCAUGCCAUUUCCAAUGGAGAAAGAGAGAAUGGAAACCGCUGAAAAAAUGAAGUCUCGUAUCACACCCCGACUCGACUCUCUGAUCAUCCUGAAAAAUGUUGCUCUAGUUCCCAACCUCUACGAAGCUGUUUCUGGGAUUAGCAUAGCUAUAACAAGUGUUGGUAUAAUGAAGCAGGAUUUUGGUGAAAUCAAACACUUACUAGCACAUGCUGGUAUCUCGUCAAGUGGAUCAGGAACGGGAUACGGUACUAACCGGGUAUCCGAGGCUGUGGUGAAAGCCAAGGCCAUGCUAGAAAAGACGAGGUUCACUGUUUUGGAGUCUCCUAGAAUGUUUUGGACUAUUGCAGGUGACGUAUCAUUCCAAGAGGUGUAUGAGGCGAACGAAAUUAUAUGCAAGACUGAUGAUCCAUUGUCCACUUGUCUUUACGCCGGUUCCACUCCGAGUUUGCUAGUCCCUAAAGCGGAGUUUUGGUAA